UAGAAGAUAGAUUUGAGUCAAAUACCCUGCCGGGAGAAGAUUGCAUGUUUGUGUUUGGUUUCGGUUCCCACUGAUUGCAAUAACGGAGGGCGGGGGAGGGGGUCGUUUUGGCAGGGAAGCGAGCUCUUCUUCGGUUCGUUCCUCUCACCGAUUUCGACGACGUUUGGGGAGGGCGGGGGAUUCCCAAUUGGGAUUCCUCUUUGGCCUGUCGGAAUCCCUCAAAUCCAAUUUUUAAGCGAAAGUUGACGUGGUAGGAGGGGUUUGGUUUUGAUUUGUCGCUGUGGGAUCCGGAAAUUCGAUCUCGGUCGUCGUCGAAAUCGGCCAAAAUUUGGUUUUCGAGGCGAGGAGGCCAUUUUUUAUCCGAGAUUUUGAGGAAUUUUGUUGCUGGUUGUGGAGGAAACUUGUAAUUUGACAUGGGUGUUGCUGAUUGCUGUUUUCUUUAAAGAUCCAUCACGGAUCGUUGACUUUGAUGUGAAUUGUGAGGGAUUUGGCUUUGUUGACUCCAGAAGUCGUCGGAAUUUAUGAUUCUAGGUGGGAUUGAUUUGAAUUGUGGGCAGGAGAUCAUGGAGAAUUGAGUGGAGGGUUCUCUUUCUUCAUCUAAAGUGGUUUUCGAAUGGCUGGAGAUGAUUUGAUUGAGCUCAAAUUUAGGCUUUUUGAUGGCACGGACAUCGAGCCAAACAAGUAUGAUCCUUCAACCACCGUUGCAUCUCUCAAAGAACUCAUCCUGGCUCGAUGGCCUCAAGACAAAGAAAUUGCUCCAAAAACAAUAAAUGAUUUGAAGCUCAUCAAUGCUGGGAAAAUAUUGGAGAACAACAGGACUCUUGCUGAGUCCAGGGUACCGGUUGGAGAGCUUCCUGGUGGUGUAAUAACCAUGCAUGUUGUUGUGCGGCCUCCCCAACUUGACAAAAACAGCGAGAAACGACUCGCAAAUGCCCCAAAGCAGAACAGAUGUUCAUGCACAAUCCUGUGAUACCAGAUUGUAGUUCCUUAGAUCAUCUCCAGUCGGCUCUUUGGAGUCAAUAUUUUCAUGGCUAGGUGAUUAGCGGGGUGCAAAAAAAUCAGUCAAAUGGCAUUGCCAUUGCAUCAUUAUUUGGACGGAGCUCCUAUACGUAAUGACAAUAGGCUAUCUUUUUGUGACUAGAGUUUUGCUACGGUUCUGGGGUUUAGCCCAUCUGAUUGUGCAGGAGGAAAUUGGAAGCAUGUUGUGGCUAUAUAACUGGGAGUUUUGAGACAAGAACUACUUGUUGCUACUUUGCUAUGAUCUUGGUAUUAUUGAAUGAUUCUUUUUUAAAAGAUUGAUUCUAUUUAUGAGAAUCCCUCGUUCUGUUUCAGGCCUGCCCCGGAAAACAAAGGGAAAAAAAAAGAAAACUUCUCAAAUCAGCCUCUUGCAAGCAGGAAUGGAAGUGGUCAGGAAAUGUGGGAACUAUUAGAGUAAAUCAAGCUGGUAUAGUUGGGGCAAGUCUUGAUAUUAUGGUUAUGGAUUGAUUGAUUUCCCUCGUGGGCUCUGAGAUGUAGGCAAGUGCCUUUAUCACAAAUCAAACACAAUGCACCAGAUUUUUGAAGAUUUUCAUUGGAAGUUUUCUGAUUCCACACGCCAAGUAUGUCAUGUAUAUACUCAUAUUUUGAUACAUGCUAGACAUGCAAUUGAUUCAGAAAGAAUGAUCUAUAAAGUACUUGUGCCCCCAUUACCAGUGAAAUGUGUGCAGUUAGAUUAGAUUUUUUGC